CCUCCUCACGAUUCACCGUCAUUAUCACCAUCACACGCAAACGCAUUUCACCACCAUUGCCGCCCUCGUGGCAGCCGUUUCUUCUCGCGAGGACGAGCCGAUAGUAAGGUGUGCUACCGCAUCCGAUUCCGCCUCGCCGCCGCUGGGAAGACGUGCAAGAUUCGGAGGAAACACAGAAAACCGGUCCGGUUCCGGUUGCACUUUGGGCUCUCCUGGAUCCGGCGGCGGCCGCUGUUCAACAUAGGGUCUGGCCAGAGUAACUCGCUCUGCCAUGGAGGAACUGGAGUGGGAAAUCUGCGCGGCUCGCAGAGCAAGAGUCGAAGAAGAAACUCCGACACCGCUUCGAACUACGUGGACCGGGUGCGCAUCCGUGACUCGUCCAGCUCAUUCGGUGGACCGGGCCGAGGAUCCGGGUGGCGUCAAAAGUCCCUUUCGAAUAUAGAUCUCCCGACGAGCUAUCGGGGCAUUGCCGGUGGAGUGGCCGGUACUGGUGGCCUGGUUGGUGCUGGUCAGUUUCGCUACCGCGACUAUGACUCAGGACUGUACGAUCUAUAUUCGCGCAUAGACAGCCACCGGGAAGAGUACGAUGAUCUGUACGGCGUGAAUCCGAAGGCGUCCCGUGCAGCAAGCAGCGCCAGCAGCAAACAACGACAACAGCAGAAACAACGUGAUCAGGAACGUGAUCAGCAAGCUCAGGAUCAAGACCAACAGCAGCAACGGCAGAAGCAUCACCACCACCAUCACCAUCGGCACCAGGAGUUCUACAACGCGGACGGGAACGACGCUUGCAGCUUGCGACGAACCCGUAGCCUAGCGGUCAUCCGCGAGGAAACCUACAACGAUCUACAUCUGCACGGACGUGGCGCUCGACGAUCACAGCUCAUCCCGAGGGCAAAACUCGUCGAUCGUAACUUUUUCAAAGACAGAUACAACUUCAUUUACGACGACGGCGAAGCAUCGGAACCAGCCGAAAACGACUCUCACUACACCCUGGCGCGGCGUUUCUCCGCUGCUCAAGGUCAACCGCCGUUUCCGUGGCACACGGAUAAGAGUGACCUGGACAGUAUCGAUUCGUCGAUCUUCAAGCAUUCGCUCCACCAGCAGAGCAGCUUCGAGGGUAGCCGACACAACUCAAUCCGCAGCGGUGAUUCGUCCAAAUUCGUCUCCAAGGUCGAAGUACACAGCGAGUACUCCGGAGCAUCCAAGUCGGAAACGGGCAUCGAAGCGGACCUGAAACAUUUGGAUGACCUAUCGCUGCGAGAGGAAGCUCCGCCCAGGCCACCCAGCAAGACAUCAACGCUAGAAACGAUCAAGAACCACUAUCACCGGGACGGAAAGUUCACCGUCAAGGAGGAGGAAGAAAGCGGCAUAACCAUCAUCGAAAUCAAAGACAGUCAAGUUUCAGCCAAGAGCUCCAGCGUCAUUUCCUACGAUUCCAUCUACCUUUCUUCGGAAAGUGACGACAAGGACGUCCUAGACGAACUACUCCCCGACGUUCGCCUAACCGAAGACAACGACCUGAUCGACAUCAAGAUCGAAGACUACGACGACCUGUUCAAGGAAACAGAUCUGGAGAAAGCCGAAAGCACCAUCGAUACCCUGUACGGACAGGUCACGAAACCCAAGCCAAAGAUUGUUGCCGUCGAACCAAAGAUUCAACCAAACGACUCCCUCAAGCGGUACAUCAAAAACACUAGUCGCGGUACCAUCGAGCGCCUAUCGAUCAUCUCGAAUCUCAAACUACGUCAGGAGUUUGCCACCAAAGAGAAGACUCUGGUCGACAGCGACUAUCAAUACAACUCGCUACCGGACGCAGCGGAUGUUUGCAAAAUCCUACGGAACUCCGAACGAAUCGACGCCAAACUACGUCGAAUUUGCGACCACGAUCAAUCCGGAAGAUCGACCCGAACCGACAGCGAACACUACGAUUCUCUUCCGCGAUUGGACAAAUCCAGCCUCAAGCUAACGCAAACCCCGUCAGACGAGGACGGUUCGCUGGAAGAGUCCGAUAAGGGAGCUCCCUCGAUCGAAGUCGUCGAAACCCCAACUAGAGAGGUGCUCAGCCACGCAUCGUCCAAAGUCUACUUGAAGGAUUUUGGUUUGGAGCUAGACUACGAAAACUCCGUGGUAACCAACAGCGAUCAAGACAGUGACAUAACGAUCGUUGCUCCGCAGGAAACUCCAACAAACGUUCCUUCGAUUACCGUCACACCGGCGAUCGUUGUAACUCCAGCGGAGAAACCCACGGCAAAGAAAAGCGAACCAGUCAUCUAUUCGACGUUCGCCAGCACCGUCGGUAAGCAGACAACGAAUCGGAUCAAUUUCGAGAGCAAGGAAAAGCCAAAACGCCAUCCGGAGGCGAUUGCUGAGAUCAAAACCAAGCUUAAGCCGAUCCCAGUGGUGGUAGAUCCUACGCCGAAGAUCCCGGUAGCGCUAGCUCCAACAGUUAAACUCGGUGGCAAGAAGGUGAUCGUGGAUGAGGUAGCUGCCAAAGCAGCGAAGCGCGAGAAAGAACUCGAAAAGUGUGUCAAAAUCAAAGAGCCAACCGAUACGGUUGCGAAGAAGCCUAUACCAAAGAACAAUUCAGAAGCUCCGAUCAAGAAGGAGGAAUCCAAACCGGAACCGAUACCGAUCGUAAACACUAGACCGCCGGAUCCGAAACCUCCGGAACCGAAGGAAGGUAGCCCGAAGGUCGACCAUUCUAGUUUGUUCAAGGAUACGAAUCCGUUCAAGGAGCAAGCCAGACGAGAGGUCAAGAAUCGAGUUGUGGAUCGGCCGCUGUUCAAAGGUGUUCGACGUUUUAACUCGACGGAGAACAUCUACACUUCGGCACCGAUCAUAGUGACGAAGACAUUCAACAAUUUCAUCAAAACUAAUGAAGUGAAGACCAAAUCGUUCGAUUCGCUGAUUGUGGAAACUACUAACGAGAGGAAACAGGAACAAAAGAAGAUGCCUCGACCACAGGUGAUUCAGAUUGUGGACUCCAAGCCUCCGGGACAGAAGCAGGAUGCUGGAACGCUUCGUAAGGGUGCCCAGGAUGGGCAGCGUGUGCAGAAGGAGUUCUUGCACAAAGUAGACUCGGUCAGGAGCUACUGGUCCAAGAUGAUGGACGACGCCGACGCUAGGGAAGAUCACGAAGCAGAGGACCUAGUGGAUUCCGGAAAUUUACCGCCAAAAAACGAGCAGGUGGUGCAGCCAGCAAAAUCCGAUGAGAAAACCGGGAGUUCUAGUUCAAUGGAGCAACAGAAGCCAUCACAGCAAUUGCAACAACAACAGCAACAGCAGAUGCCAGCGAUGCCAAAAAAGUCCGCAUCGCGACAGAACUCCUCCCGGAACAAAUACUCCACCUACCAGAUCGACGAAGGAACUGAAUUUCAGAGCUUUAGUCCAACGGUGGAGAUCAUUGAGCUCGACGGACAGAAGCAGGCUGCACUGGUGAAACCGAAAAAUUCGCACAAUCUGGACUUUGACCAUGUGCGCUACAAAGUCAUGAAAUCGGAGAUGUUUCAAAAAAACUUGCUGGUGAACCAUCGAAAAGCGGCUCAAUUCGAUGGUUUGAUGCAGUACCUACAAGAUUACAGCUUUCAGGAGUUGCUCGCGCACAAUAAUGUUGUAAUCAUUGAGCCGGUCCGCACCAAGAUCGAAAAGAUCUCCGACAAACCACCACAGGCCAGUCCGACGACCUGUCGGAUCACUACGGGGGCAUUGUCCAACCAUGGAGGUGGAGAGAACGUCAAGCGCGUAUCGGGACUGAAGAAGCACUUCUUCUAUCAUCCCAUCCGGAUCAACAAGGAGCUGUUGGACGAGGAGCUCCCCAGUCCCGAUACGGUGCGGAAUGUAAGGAAGCUAUUCGAGGGUACCCUGCGGCUGGGAACGGCAGCCAAACAGGCAUACGAAGAUGCCAAGACCAGUGGAGGUAUCCGCAAGUGGGACUCGGCGAGUUUAUCCAGCGGAGUUUCCAGUGGAGAUUUGAGUUCACCGUGCGAGUGCGGUGAAAACGAGAUGGACGGAGAUUCCGGCGAUGAGAAUCUGAUCGGGGACGAUGAGUUGGAGUCUCACUACGUUAGCCAGGACGUGUUGGAGAAGAUACGGGAAUGCGGAUCUACGGUGACGUACUACGGAGGUCAGGUGGUGGAUAAAAAAAGUGAACACAUGAAUACGAUGACCAAAGCCAUCAUGAAGGAGAUUCGUGGCCUGGAGCGGAAGACUUGCCAGGUUUGCCAACCACAUGGGUGCCGACAGCUGAUCGAGCAGCGCCAGAGUGCUAAACUGGACGGAUUAGGCGUGAAAUUUAAACUGGUAAAAUCAAACAGCUGCAGCAGUCGAUUGGAGCUUGCCGGCACCGGCAAGACUCCACCGGAUCUGAUGAAGAACAAUCGUAACAUUUCCAGCGGCGGCAGUAGCAUAAAUUCCGGACGACCCAAGCUUUCCAAACCAUACUCCGUUUCAGCCACCGACAGCAACAACAACAGCCCCAACGAUCUACCGGAUCUGCGAGACCUUCCAACCGUAGAGGAGCCCGAAGAAUCUGUCCGCGAUCUGGUCAGUCGACUGGAGAGCAACAAUACCCUAAACGCACGCAAUAAACCCCGAAUCAUCGAAUCCAAGUGUAUCGAAAAGGUGGACGAAGUCAAAGCGGAGCCAGCGAUCACCAUCAACAGUCAAACGAUCGAGGUCCCUCCAGCUGCUCCAAACACUUCCCAACAACAACCACCACCACCAGCACCACCAGUUGACGAACAUGCCCCGGUAACCGUCAACAACCACAUCACCGUUCCCAUCCAGCUGAUCAUUCCAGCAUUGCUCAAAGAUCAGAAACCUCCAAAGACUCAAAACCACCAAUCGACAGCAGAUCGACCGCCAAAGGUUUGCCGCAACAAGAACGUCGACUUGGCAUUCCAAGCAACGAUCACCAAGGCUAGCAACAAGCCAGCCAAGGAGAAGGAAAACCUAGCCCGCAAGUCUUCACUGGUUACGAGCAGCUCCUUGGAUACGGCGGAUUCUCUGGAAUCCAUCAUUCUACCGUCCAAUGCACCAGCACCCAAAAUGGUGACGUUCAAGGACGAUAAGAACAACAACAACAACAACAGCAAAGGCGGAGAUAUCGAAGAGCAGGAGAAUCUGAAGCCGAGUGUCCUGGUGGAGCAACGCAAGUUGGACGAGUUGACGUCGCCGAAGCUGGUCAACUGGAGCUCGUUGGGCAAGUUUGACGAGCGGCAGUACUUUGCCAACGACAAGAAGCUGAUCGAGAAGCGCAAGUACGACGAAAUGGAGUUUGAAGAGUUUGAGGUGCUGGAUCCGAAUGCGGUGCUUCAGCAGCAAAAGGAACAGCAAGAGCAGCAACAGCAGCAACAGCAGCAGCAGCAACAACAGCAAAGUGAGUGCUACGACAGUUUGAAUAGUGGAAAGUGAGAGGAUUUCAAGGAGAACACGGUUGAGGAUGGGCGAGGGGGUUAGGAGAAGAAGAAGAAUGUGUACGGUAUUUAUAUCUGUUGCGAUUAUUCAGCUAGUAUUAUAUUGUACUUAUUAUCUGUAGAAUGGAAUAUUAUAUGUAACUGUUAGACAA